UAGUUAAUGCUGCAUCAAAGGGCUACAUUUCUAUAGUAGAAUAUUUAUUAAAUGAGGCACAUGCAAAUCCUUUAAUUAAAAAUAAUUUUGGUGAAGCAGCCUAUGAUGUGAGUGCGGCUGCUGGAGAGUCAUACAUAUGUGAAAUUUUGCAUAAGGCUGGCAAGACUUGGUGGGAAAUGCAACAUACAAAUUUGAAAGACGACAACAAACAUUCUUCUAUCAAGUAUAAUCUAUUAGACUUCCAUGUCACCGUCGUAGUUAUAUUACAUGAGAAUCAAAGAUCUUCGUCUUUACUAGGCUUAUCGAAACUCCAGUUUAGUGCCUCAUCUCUUACAAAGCAUGAUGUACGUGGCCCUUGGUCUCUAUAUCCUUCUGGAAAACCAUGCACAAUGGAAGAAGUGAAACUGCCUGAAAGUGAACAAAAUACAGGUGUAUCAGAUUGGUUCUGGCUCACAGAUUGGCAAAUUGACUAUAGUGAUCCAAGAAUUGAUCCAACAACAGGUUGGCAGUAUUCUCGUUCUUUUAAUGAUCCUGAUGAUUCUUGGACACCUGUCACACCUACAAGUGGUUAUGGUUGGGUAAGACGUCGAAUUUGGGUACGUGUUAUGAAGCGUAGAAUGGAUUUGUUUAAGGGAAGUCAUAUUGGUUUCCCUUCUACACUAUUGGAUGAAGAAGAAGAUUAUUUAUGUGAAGCAGAAGAUAUUGUUCAAAAUUCGAAAGCAGAUCCUAUAAUAGCUGCUAAUGAAGAAGUUUCUGUUCAACAACUAACUGUAGAACUACGUGCUUUAGAAGAAGCGGUUCAAUUAUUACGCGAGGGGAUCAAAGUUGACAAGAAUCAAUAUAGAAUACAUCAGGCAAACACAUUAAUUACUUCUUAUACGUCUCAAAUUGAAACACUUAAUAUGCAAAUUACUCGGUUAGCUCAUACAGUAUCUACACCUAUUAUGACCUCAAAUUUGGAGCCUAAUUCAGAAUUAGCUCGAGAAUUAGGGUUUAAUGAUAAUCAUCAUCAGCAGCAGCAGCAGCAACAACAACAACAACAGCAGCAGCAGCAGCAGCAGCAACAGCAGCAGAGGCAACAACAAGGUGAAUUUGACACUAAUCCUUGGUCUCGUGAUACAAUUAUAUCAGAUUGGCAAACACCUAAUAUAUUGGAUAAUACAAGUUUCAAUCAUAUAAAUUUAAUAGGACAUGGAGUCGAAGAUCAAGAGCAAAGUACUUCUGAUGAUAGUUUAACAGAAGAACGGACAAAAAUGUCUAAACAGUAUACUUGGGAAUCUGAUUUUGACGUAAAAGAAUGCAGAGGGUGUAGACGAAAAUUUGGGUUUUUAGUCAGAAGACAUCACUGUCGUUGUUGUGGGUUAAUUCACUGUGAUCGUUGUUCGAUGUCUCGUACCUAUCUUCAACCGACUCAAAUCUUGCAAGAUCCAAAUGGCCCAUUAGAAUCCUUAGAAGUUCUUGCUUCUCAGCAUCAGCGUGUUUGUGAUACUUGUUAUGCAAAAUUAGGGGGUAUACCACCUUAAUUAUUUUGAAAUAAUGCUGUUCUAUUCUACUUUAUUAUUUCUGAAAUACAUAUACCAUCGAUCCAAACUUCUUGAUAUUGUUAUUGAAUUUCGAUUAUUGUGACUGUUUAAUUAUUGUUUUAAACAAAACACUACUGUACAAGUA